GCGCGGCGGAGGCGUCGGCUGUGGAGGAGAUGGCACACCGCGUGGGUACGGGCCGGGUACCGUCACCAGCCGCUGCUCAGCGCCGCCAGUGUCGUCCUGCCCGGCCCUGAUGGCCGCCGACGUGUCGCAGGGCCUCGGCGGUCGGACCGGCCGCCGGCCGCACGCGCUGGUCACUCUCCUCGUGACUCUCGCCCUCGUGCCUGUGUCGCGCGCGAACCCGGACGCCAAGCGCCUGUACGACGACCUGCUCUCCAACUACAACCGGCUGAUCCGGCCCGUCUCCAACCACAGCGACCGGGUGACGGUGAAGCUGGGCCUGCGACUGUCGCAGCUGAUGGACCUGAAUCUGAAGGACCAGAUUCUGACGACAAACGUGUGGGUGGAGCAUGAGUGGCUGGACUACAGGUUUAUAUGGGACCCGUUUGAAUACGGGGGUGUGACGGAGUUGUACGUGCCAGCGGAACACAUAUGGCUGCCAGACAUAGUGUUAUAUAAUAAUGCUGACGGUGAGUACGUCAUCACGACGUUGACCAAGGCGGUCAUCCACAGCGAGGGACGGGUGGUGUGGCACCCCCCGGCCAUCUUCAAGUCCUACUGCGAAAUCGACGUUCGAUACUUUCCCUUUGACCAGCAGAAGUGCUUCAUGAAGUUUGGCAGCUGGAGCUAUGGAUCUUCGAUUGAUCUGCGGCACAUCAAGCAGUCAAGGGAAUCCAACCACGUGGAGCUGGGCAUCGACCUUAAGGAGUACUAUCCGAGCGUCGAGUGGGACAUUCUCAAAGUGCCAGCCACCCGGAACGAGAAGUUCUACCCCUGCUGCACGGACCCAUUCCCAGAUAUCUAUUUUAACAUGACCCUUCGCCGGAAGACGUUGUUCUACACCGUGAACCUCAUCAUCCCGUGCGUGGGGCUCUCGUACCUGUCGGUGCUCGUGUUCUACCUGCCGGCCGACUCCGGCGAGAAGGUCGCCCUCUGCAUCACCAUCCUGCUCUCGCAGACCAUGUUCUUCCUGCUCAUAUCGGAGAUCAUGCCGUCCACCUCGCUGGCCGUGCCGCUACUCGGAAAGUACCUGCUCUUCACCAUGAUUCUGGUCAGCAUCUCUGUCAUUUCCACGAUCGUCAUUCUCAACAUCCAUUACCGCAAGCCGUCCACGCACAAGAUGGCGCCAUGGGUGCGCCGCUUCUUCAUCCACAAGCUGCCGCCGUUCGUCCUGAUGAAGGUGCCCGAGGAGUCGUCCACCACGUCCCCGUUCGAGAUCAAGCCCAACGGCUUCCACGGCUACCAGCGGGCGCCCACGGACCUGGAUGAGGGCGUUCGACUGCAUGCGCUCAACUACUUCGAUGACGAAAAGAAGUACCCGUUUGAGAUUGAGCGGGCUAUUCAGAACGUCAAAUUCGUGCACCAUUGCUGGAAAAUCCAGGAUCAGUACGACGAGGAGGACCAGGACUGGGCGUUCAUCGCCAUGGUCAUGGACCGCGUGCUGCUGCUGAUCUUCAGCGUGGUCUCGCUGCUCGGCACGUUCGUCAUCCUGUGCGAGUCGCCGUUCCUGUACGACACGACGCCGGCGAUCGACAUCCAGCUGUCGGAGGUGGCGCACCAGAUGGACAUGUUCGGCGACGCGUGAGGCGGCCGCCCCCGCCGGCCCGCGCUCGUCGCCGGCGCCGCGCGCGCACGCGCUCCACACCGGCGUGACUGACGGGGAAGCGUCCGCGAUGGGCGUCAGUGUGAACUGCUGACGUCGGCACGCGUCCCAGUGACGUGGUUGAAGAGAUCACAGCCCAGUGAUGGCGGCACCAGUGCUGCGACCGCACCUCAGCGCCACCGCUGGCGGGAUCACACCGGGACCCGGCCGUCACGGCCCGACACUUCGGGACCCGGUGGUCACGGCCACAUCGCUGACGGCACCGAGCACGUGCAGACGCUACCAGUGACAUCAGAAGACUGGGUUUAUAUCCAUUAUAUUGGGUGACUGGCUAGUGUGUUUUGCGUGAGUAGGGUGCGCUGUGAGCUGAUUGAAUUUCGUACGGUGCAUGGCGUCUGCAUGCUUUGUGCAAUGUUCUGCAUUAGGGGGGAUCCUACGGUGGUUAGUGCGUGCCAGGAGCAAGACGUGACUUUUGAUCGGCCUUUUCGGCCAAGAAUUCGAAAGCAAAAUUGAGCGUUUGUUCGAUAUCGAUCAGUGCAGACCCAGCCUUGUGAAAAUAUGACGACUAGAUGAACUAUGCAUAUCAGUAUCGCUCGUGUCUGCUGCGAAACUGAACUUAAACGCUGCCGUAAACUACGAUCGCCAUUAUAAAAGGCAUAUUAGCCAAUUUAGCGUGAUUUCCACAACAGCGUGGAUUCUUUUUAAAAAAUAGCUUUCGGUUGGCGAGUUGUGAGUUACACACCAAGUGCACACACAGACACCAGACAUUGAACACAUAUUAUUUGCAGUGCAUAUUUAACGGACAAAACUGCUUGGAAUUGAACUGGAUGACGUCGAACUGCAUAUAAUUUAACAAUGCAGAAGAUUCUUCGGAUUGUUCAGCCGUUUUUCCAGCGCUUUGCUUUUAUAACGCCAUAAUGUCAUAAAUAGUUGGCUAUCAAAUGCAAACAGGGCCGAGAUGAGCUCAAUGAACCCCGAUUUUGGUGAAGCAGGGAGGCCGGAAAAGCGUCGUCUGGGUUUAAGGACAAAAGCAGGGGGGCGUGAUCUGCCUGCAGCCACGUGGCCGG